GUCUGAGAAAUAGAUUUAUCCAAUAGUAACACAUUAACUCGCGCGGUUGUUCCGUGGAAAGGAAAGUGUUUAUGAUCAUUUUAAAUUGUUUUACCAUGAGAGGUGUUUUUGUUGAUGUUUUAAUAGAAUGCUUAACAAUCUCAAAAAAGAUCUGAAACUCAAGAGAUUUUUGUUUUAAUGUGAUGAACCCAUUCUGCUGCAGAGAAGAAAAAUAAGCACUGUGAAGAGGCAUGGGGAACUUCAAAGGGCACGCUUUACCUGGAAGCUUCUUCCUGAUAGUGGGCCUCUGGUGGUCAGUGAAGUUUUCCCUAUGGCACUCCAGCCGAAGAAACAAGAACACCUGCCACCUGGCCUCCAAGGUCACAUAUCGACGACUGGAAGUCAUCGAGGCCUCUGCUAUAUUACUGUUUGCACUAGUAGGUAUGAUGGCCGAGCAGUUUGUCCCAGACGGUCCUCAGUUGAAACUUUAUAACUACGAGGACAAGCACUGGGACCACCUGAUGAACUGGCAGCACGCCACCAUGUACCUGUUCUUCGGCAUCUCAGCGGCUGUCUCCAUCACCAUCCACACAAUGGGCAUUGUGCCCAUCGCCUUUGACCGGCUUCUGCUGUCCAUUGCUGUGUUUGUGGAAGGGUUCCUGUUCUACUACCACCUCCAUGGCCGGCUCAUGCUGGAUGUGCACGUGCAUCAGCUGCUGCUCUUCGCGAUCUUCGGAGGAGCCCUGACCAUCUUCCUGGAGGUGUUCUUCCGAGGGAACAUCUUGCUGGAGCUGCUGAGGUGCAGCCUGUGUCUGCUGCAGGGUAGCUGGUUCUGGCAGAUUGGGUUUGUGCUGUACCCCCCCAGCGGCUUCUCGGAGUGGGACAGCAUGGAUCACAACAACAUGAUGUUCAUUACCAUGUGCUACUGCUGGCACUACGCCUUUGCCCUGCUAACUGUGGCUGCCAUUUUCACCAUCAUUAGCUGGUUGGUUCAGACCAAGCUGAAGAAGACUCCACAGCUAGAGAUGGGGCUGCUGAAGACCAAGGAGAGGGAGGAAGAAUCGGAAGAAGACCUGUAGCUGCUUCAAACCUCAACAGUGGAUACUGGUUUCCUCAUUACUACACUAAUGUAUAAAGAAUCUGUAACUGAACCCUCACACUUUAACAAAUAGCUGAUUAUGGGGCACAGUUUAUUGAAGUCUUGACAUAGCAAAAAAAGCAGUUUUGAGAAAUUGCGAACAAUGAAGGUACCACUUGCUGACACCAGAGUUUUCUUUAUAGCAGAUUAUGGUACCACAGAUAACUUAAGAUUUAACCCAUAGUAAUUUAACAUGGGAUUAUUAAAUACACUUCCUCCUGUGUCUCUUUUACGUGACUCUUUUACAUCUACUGGAAAACGUUAAUGUGUGCUAACCAAACUUCUGUGUGAUGACAUGGAUAAUGUGUCCUAGGGAUCUCAGGGUAUUUUAAUAUAUUUAUUUUGUUUGCAUGUGUGGCAAAGUGGCUGGUAAGGGGAACAGGUGUAGCGGUGAUACGGUGCAGGAGUGUUAUUUGUAUGGAACCCACAAUCACGUGCUUUGAGUUAUUUUUCUUAAAUAAUAUAUAUUCCUUUUACUGUCUGAAAAUGUCAGCGUCCCUAGUGAUUCUAGUAAAUCCAUUUUUGCCAAACCAACUAUACAGUUUCUGAAUAAAGACUGAAAAUUGUUUUGUAUUUCUUUUGAUUUGACUUGGAUGUUUUAAUCAAGAGAGCUCUCUCAAUUGUUUUUACAAUAAAAUGUUUUUUUUUUUUUUUUUUUACCAGUGUUCCAGUUCUCAAAGUUUUAAAAAGUACACUGACAAAUGAGAAUAACCCUCAUGCUGUUUAGAAACAUACUGUAUGAGAAAAGUUUUAUGAAUACCAAAUCUUACUUUAAUACAACCCAACAGGCUUCAGAAAUGAAAGAGUGAGUUUGUUGUGAAAUGGGGCCUGUGCAAUUUUUGCAGCAUUUUGUGAAAGGUAAACAAAUGAGACUGGUACCAACCAAACCUGGGGAUUAUACAUUGUGAAAGGGGCCACACUUUAAAACAGAAUGUUGACAGAAAUGAUAGGGGCCUGGAUUAAAUCAAAGUUAGCCACAUUUUACUAUACCUCAGGCGAGUAUGGAACUGAAAGAGAAUAAAACCAUUCUUAAACCAUGCUGUUCCAAAUGAAGAUACCUGUAUCAUUUCAUCUACAAAUGAAUUA